AAGGGAUCGAUUCCGGUUGCAUGUACGUCUGCGACGAAGCCCAGGUCGACCUCGCGGUCGUGACCGUCGGGUACAAGAGCGUCUUCCACCCCAAGGCUGCGGUCGAGGUCCAUCCAGACGCUCCUUCGUCGUCCCCGCCAUAUGUCAUCUUCGGUGAGCGCAACAUUGUCGAUGACAUGGCCUGCAUCUCGCUGACUAUCUCGGACACGCAGUCGACGAUCACGGUCGGAGACAACAACCUCUUUGAGAGCGGAUGCACGAUCAAGGCCAAGACGAUUGGCAGCAACAACUGGUUUGAGCCCAAGUGCUCCGUGGGCGAGGGCGUCGUCAUCGGUAACGACUGCGUCAUCGGCGCCGGCGUCGUCGUGCCACCACACACGGUCAUUCCCGACAGCUCGGUGCUCGUUCGUUUGCCGGACGGGCGCAUCAUCCGGCGCGAGCAAAAGGAAUACGCGCGCAAGGCCAAGCAAAUGCUCCAAGACAAGUACAUUGAUGCGUUCACGGAGGCCACGAGCCCUUCGUACUUGCCGCGGAACCAUCGCAUGAAGACGAAGCCAUGACAAUCCGUGCCUGCUUCAAUGCACAUCAAGUUACUUUUGAACAUGGCGUGUGUAGUGUUGGAAGAUAAGUGCUCAUGGAGAGUAGAUUUGGAACGAACA